GUGGAGGAACCGACCGUAGGUGCUGCUGCCUGCGGGUGAGCCUCUACUCCAGCAGGUGGACACCAUGAACUACGUGGGGCAGCUGGCGGGUCAGGUGCUGGUGACAGUAAAGGAGCUGUAUAAGGGGCUCAAUCAGGCCACUUUGUCAGGCUGCAUCGAUGUGAUCGUGGUCCGGCAGCCUGAUGGGACCUUCCAGUGCUCCCCUUUCCACGUCCGCUUCGGAAAACUGGGAGUUCUGCGCUCCAGGGAGAAAGUGAUCGACAUAGAGAUCAAUGGAGAAGCUGUAGAGCUGCACAUGAAGCUUGGAGACAAUGGAGAGGCCUUUUUUGUCCAGGAGACAGAGCAGCACAAUGAGAUUGUCCCGGCCCACCUGGUGACCUCGCCCAUCCCCACAGAGGAGGCCCUGUUCAGGAGCAGAGAACCCAGAUGUGGGGGAUCAGCUGCGGAGAACGGCCAGCCUCUGGGUCCAGCAGACCCGGCCUCUGGAAACCUGCAAACCUGCUCCAAUGCAGCCGGCAAGAAGAGGAAGAGACGCAGAAGGAAGCACAAGGCUGAGCCACGCAAGGAGGAGCAAACCACUCCUGCAGGCGGGGAGCUCGAGCUGUGUGAGCUCAGUUCAGAUGAGGAGCAGAAUGCACACAAUGGACGGGCAUCUUCACUCUCCAUAAUGAAGGAUAUGGACCACAGGCAGCAUUCCCCCCUCACCGCCCUCGAAUGGGACAGCUACCCCUUCUCUGACGGAGACUGGUCCCCUUGCACUAUCCGGGAGAUGUCCGAGCCCAUGUCGCCCAAGAGUGACUCUGAGCUGAUGGUGAAGCCUGCAGAGAGCAUGCUCAGGGCUGAGUCCCACAUGCAGUGGAGCUGGGGAGAGUUUCCAGAGUCCACCAGGGUCAACAAAAAGGACAAAUCAGAGCCGAAGACACUGACCAUCACUCCUUCUGAGAACACACAUUUCAGGGUUAUCUUGAGCACAGAAGCCAUGGAGGAGGAGAUGAGGGAGGGAGGGAGAACCACAGAUCCCAUUUGCAGUAUUGUAAAGCCAGAGCCUCGGACCAUCAAAGUCGAUCAGCACAGUCACAAACCGCAGGCGCCCGACGCUUCGUCUCACGAUACAAACAUUAUCAAGCACGAGCCUGACACAACAAAUUUAACGUCCAGCAGUUUUACCUCCAAGCCGUGUCCCACUAACUCCGACCUCGGCACAAAAACUGCGCACAAGACCAGGUGGACGUCUUCACCGCCAAGCCGCAGGGACACCGGCUCUGCUGCCAGUGGAGGCAGCAACGUGGCUGGAGAAUCUGCAGCGGGUUGUCCUGAUACGAGAGCCUCCUCUAAACCCACCGACUCCCCCAUCAAGAGGAGAAGUGUGAGGAAGAGGAGCCAACAUCAGGGACCUGAAGAUAUUUACCUGGAUGACUUGAAUGCACUUGAACCUGACGUUGUUGCCCGGUACUUCCCAAAAAGUGAGUCCGAGCAGGUUCCUAAACACUGGGUCGAGAUGGGGAAGCGCUCUGGAUCCCAGUCGCCCCAGUCUGUCAGCAGCGCAGCAGCAGACAGCGGCACCGAGUGUCUGUCUGACUCUGCAGGUGACCUCCCCGACGUCACCCUGUCGCUGUGCGGAGGUGUUGGUGAGAACUCAGAGAUCUCUAAAGAUAAAUUCAUGGAGCACAUCAUCACCUACAAUGAAUUUGCAGAGAAUCCAGCAAUAAUCGACAAUCCCAAUUUGGUGGUUAGAAUUGCAAACAGAUAUUACAACUGGACGCUGGCAGCACCGCUGAUACUUAGCAUGCUGGCUUUCCAGAAGAACUUGCCAAAGGCUACAGAGGAGGCCUGGGUGAAGGAGAAAAUGCCAAAAAAGUCUGGACGCUGGUGGUUCUGGAGGAAGAGCAGCGCAAAGCAGUCGUCAUCAGAGACCAAGUUAGAGAGGCAGGAGUCUCUGACCAGCGAGAGCCCUGCCCUGCACCAGGCCCCAGAAACACAGCAGAAAGCAGCAGAGUGGUCCAGCGAUGACGAGACUAAGGAGCUAAACGCCGUGGCACCUGCUCUGACACCCACUGAGCAUGUGCAGAAAGAAGGCCCGGCCCCCGCGCCUUGUCACUCCUACAGGAAGUCCCUCCGCCUGUCGUCUGACCAGAUAGCCAGCCUGAAGCUACGAGAGGGGCCUAAUGAUGUCACCUUCAGCAUAACCACUCAGUACCAGGGCACCUGUCGCUGCGAGGGCACCAUCUACCUGUGGAACUGGGACGACAAGGUCAUAAUCUCUGACAUCGAUGGCACCAUCACCAAAUCAGAUGUGUUCGGUCAGAUUCUGCCUCAGCUCGGGAAGGACUGGACUCAUCAAGGAAUCGCUAAGCUUUACCACUCAGUGCACGAGAAUGGCUACAAGUUCCUGUACUGCUCAGCCCGAGCAAUCGGCAUGGCUGACAUGACUCGAGGAUAUCUGCACUGGGUGAACGACAGAGGGACUCUCCUGCCUCAAGGACCCCUCAUGCUGUCCCCCAGCAGCCUCUUCUCUGCCUUCCACAGAGAGAUCAUAGAGAAAAAGCCGGAGAAGUUCAAGAUCGAAUGCCUCACGGACAUCAAGAACCUGUUUUUCCCGAACACUCGUCCCUUCUACGCGGCCUUUGGAAACAGAGAAAGCGACGUGUUUGCCUACAAGCAAGUGGGUGUGCCUGUGUGCCGAAUAUUCACAGUGAAUCCCAAAGGAGAGUUAAUCCUCGAGCAAGCCAAAGGCAAUAAAACAUCAUACAGCCGACUGAGUGAGCUGGUGGAGCACGUUUUCCCUCUGCGGAGUUCACAGCACAAUGCCACCUUCAGCUGCCCAGAGUUCAGCUCCUUCUGUUACUGGAGACAACCCAUCGCUGAGGUGUGUUUUGAGGAGCUGCUUUAACCGAUAUUAAUGUUUAAUUACUUGAAAUCAACACAAGGCAGAGCAGUGAUUUCUGUCAGGACUGUAUGCACUGGUUUCAUACUGAGAAGUGUUUGUAAUCAUCAGCUCUGUCGGCCGCUGGAGUAGUUUGAUAGACACAUUCCACUUUGGAGGAAAGGUUUGGGAUAUCAAUGUAUCUCAGCGUGUCCUUUGGGCUCACACAGUUAAAAGAUGUAUUUGAAGGCUCUGCCAACUUUUGGCACAUAUGGAAGCCAAAAGUAUGAGGUAUCAGUUGUUCUUCUUAUCAUUUGCUAUAAUGUUAAAGAGAAGACAUUGCCGAAGCACUUAUUUAGGCAGUAGAGGUGCAAUAACUGCUUAAACUGGCCACCGUUCAGUAUGAAACAACAACACAGACAUUGGCUGUGUCUGAAAUCGCAUGCUAACACACUGCCUGCUACAUGCUCGUGAAAACAGUUUAUGGCACAUGUACAACAUUACCUCCACUCAAUGUUGUAUUUUCCGGUGUAAUUUUAAAGCGAAUUAAGAUGAUGAUGAAUUUUACUUUGCAUCUGAAGAGAUGAAAUGCAACACCAAGGAUGCAAGCUGCCGUUAAACUGCGAAGAAGACGACACGAUGCGUCUCGGAGCGGUUGAGUAUGUCCAGUAAGCUCAGGCAGCCGGAAUGGCCUCCGUGUUCCACUUGACGUCAUAUUCAGUCUAAAUCAGGCAUGUCAAACUCAUUCCAUAAAGGGCCGUGUGGCUGCAGGUUUUUGUUCCAACCAAGGAGGAGCACACCAGGCCAACCAAUCUACAUCAA